AUGACAGACGGUGGCCCACGAAAGAAGGCAACGAAGAAAAAAGGUGGCGAGAAUUCUCCAACCAUGCCAAAGUCAAGUAUCGAGAACAAAGGAAGAACGCGGUUAAAGAUUCAUAGAGAAUCUGACCCAGCGGUGGAUCCCUUCUUCAACGAAAUGCAAGAUAUUGUUGCACGUGGUUUCACACAAAAUAUGGAAGUGGACAAUCCAGAGGAAAGACCUGUGCUCCCAUUCAAUACUAAGAUAACCACAAUGGUAAACUCAUAUGUAAUUAUAAAGAAACUUGGUGCUGGUGGAUUUGGAGAUGUAUAUGAGGUCCACAGAGAACGUGAUAAAGGUGUACUGGCAAUGAAAACAGAAUUUGAUGUUGAAGAUGACAUGCUACAACGGUUGAAGAGGGAAGUGUUAGUGUACGAAGUUAUAAAUGCGGCAAAAAGGGAAAAUCCACGUUUGACGGAUCAUAUUUUGCACAUGGUUGAUAAGGGAUAUAAUCAAUAUUUCAAGUACAUUAUAAUGCCAUAUACGGGCAAGUCUCUAGACUACAUAAAAGAAACUAUAGUUAAAGGAGAAUUUCAAUUACGCACCGCUGUGCAAAUAUCUAUUCAGACUCAUAAGGCGUUGAAAAAUCUCCACGAAUUGGGUUACAUCCACAGAGACGUGAAACCGGACAACUUCGUUGUCGGGAAGGAUUUGUUCAGAAAUAUUAUUUUUAUUAUGGACUUUGGAAUGAGCACAAAAUAUGAAAAGAGGACUCCUGCAACAACGCUGUUUCACACGCCUUUUUCUGGAUUACUAAAGGAAUCACGUUAUAAGUUCAUUGGAACACCCAAGUACGCCGCUCGAGCGACUCAUCAGGGAAGAGUGGUAAAUCGAAAAGAAGAUAUGGAAUCGUGGUACUACAUGGUCAUCGAACUAUUCGGAACCGAUUACCUGCCGUGGGCAAAUGAGGAAGAUCUUGAUAAGAUGUUCUACAUGAAAGACUGUUUUUUCAGUCACAAAUAUGACGACACGGUAUUUCAUGAAAGGGCUGUACCAAAGGAUUUAAUUAAGAUUAUGCGCGAGAUUGACCGGGUCGAUGGGGCAAAUAGGCCAAAUUAUGAGGAACACGAGAAAGUGCUUGAAAAACUGAUUGCUGACUUCAAAAUCGAUUUCUACGCGCCUUUUGAAUGGGCUGAUGCGCUGGCAAAAUAUUACUUUCUAAAGGAACAGAAAGAAGAGGAAUUGAAAAAUCAUCGAAUUAGGAGAACCAGGAAGAGCAAACCUGGAGCCCAUAGAUCGUCUGCAAGUGUGAAGAGUCUUAUUUAA